AUGUUUUUUCUUCGUAUCUCUAAAUUUGGUGGGACAAUUUCAACAUUGCGCAAUUUACAACAAACAGCAAUCCGUUUUUGUUCCGUUCCAAUAUCUAAAUUUGAAAAGAAUGUUUUCCUUCCAUAUGAAAAAUUAAGUAAAAAUGUACAAAUUGUUAGAGAAAGACUUGGUCGUCCUUUAACAUUAUCUGAAAAAAUUCUUUAUGGACAUUUAGAUGAUCCUAAGAAUCAAGAUAUUGAACGUGGUGUUUCUUAUUUACGUCUUAGACCUGAUCGUGUUGCUAUGCAAGAUGCCACUGCUCAAAUGGCUAUGCUUCAAUUUAUUUCUUCUGGUUUACCAAAAGUUGCUGUUCCUUCAACAAUUCAUUGUGAUCAUUUAAUUGAGGCUCAAGUUGGUGGAGAUAAAGAUCUUGCUAGAGCUAAAGAUGUUAACAAAGAAGUUUACAAUUUCCUUUCAUCUGCUGGUAACAAAUAUGGUGUUGGUUUCUGGAAACCAGGAUCUGGUAUUAUCCAUCAAAUUAUCCUUGAAAACUACGCAUUUCCAGGUCUUUUACUUAUUGGUACUGAUUCUCAUACACCAAAUGGUGGUGGUCUAGGUGGCCUUUGUAUUGGUGUUGGUGGUGCUGACGCCGUUGAUGUUAUGGCUAAUAUUCCUUGGGAAUUAAAAUGUCCAAAAGUUAUUGGUGUAAAAUUAACAGGAAAAUUAAAUGGAUGGACAUCAGCUAAAGAUGUCAUACUUAAAGUAGCAGAUAUUCUUACCGUAAAAGGUGGUACAGGAGCAAUUGUUGAGUACUUUGGUGAUGGUGUUGAUUCUCUUUCAGCCACUGGUAUGGCCACUAUUUGUAACAUGGGUGCCGAAAUAGGAGCAACUACAUCAGUCUUUCCAUUUAAUCAAUCAAUGGCCAAAUAUCUUGAAGCUACUGAUAGAGGAGAUAUUUCAAAAAUAGCUCUUAAAUACAAGGAUCUUCUUUCUGCUGACAAAGGAGCAAAAUAUGAUCAAAUUAUUGAAAUUAAUUUAGAUACACUUGUUCCACAUGUCAAUGGACCAUUUACUCCAGAUUUGGCUACACCUAUUGACAAACUUGGUCAAAGAGCUAAGGAGAAUGGAUGGCCACUUGAAAUUAAAGUUGGACUUAUUGGAUCAUGUACAAAUUCAUCAUAUGAAGAUAUGUGUCGUUCUGCUUCAGUUGCUAAACAAGCUUUGUCAAAAGGAGUUAAAGCUAAAUCAAAAUUUACUAUUACUCCUGGAUCAGAGCAAAUUCGUGCCACUAUUGAAAGAGAUGGAAUAUCUAAAGUUUUUAAUGAAUUAGGAGGUGUUGUUUUGGCAAAUGCUUGUGGACCAUGUAUUGGACAAUGGGAUCGUCGUGAUGUUAAAAAGGGUGACAAAAAUACUAUUGUUACAUCAUACAAUAGAAACUUUACUGGAAGAAACGAUGCUAAUCCAGCAACACACGCUUUUGUUGCUUCACCAGAAUUAGUAACUGCCUUAUCACUUGCUGGUAGAUUAGAUUUUGAUCCAAGAAAGGAUACAUUAAAGGGUGCUGAUGGAAAAGAAUUUAAACUUGACCCACCAAGUGGAGAUGCUCUUCCAUCUAAAGGAUAUGACCCAGGUGAGGACACAUAUCAAGAACCACGUGGAAAUGGAGUUGUUGAGGUAAAACCUGAUUCUCAACGUCUUCAAUUACUUGCACCAUUUGCUAAAUUUGAAGGAAAAGAUUUAGAAGAUCUUACAAUCUUAAUUAAAGUUAAAGGAAAAUGUACCACUGAUCACAUUUCAGCCGCUGGACCAUGGCUCAAAUAUAGAGGACACUUAGAUAAUAUUUCAAACAAUCUCUUUUUAACUGCCGUCAAUUCUGAAAAUGGAGAGAUGAACAAAGUUAAAAAUCAAGUCACUGGAGAAUACGGUCCUGUUCCUGAAACAGCACGUUAUUACAAAUCUAAAGGAAUUAAUUGGAUUGCAAUUGGAGAUGAAAAUUAUGGUGAAGGAUCAUCUAGAGAACAUGCCGCUCUUGAACCACGCCAUCUUGGAGGUCGUGCUAUUAUUGUUCGUUCAUUUGCCCGUAUUCAUGAAACAAAUCUUAAGAAACAAGGUGUACUUCCAUUAACUUUUGCCAAUAGUGCCGAUUACGACAAAAUUAGACCAGAUGACAAAGUAUCUCUAUUGGGAUUGGUCUCACUUGCUCCAGGUUCACAAGUUACAGCUGUUUUGAAACAUUCUGAUGGAACUACAGAAAAUAUAAAACUUAAUCAUACUAUGAAUGAACAACAAAUAGAAUGGUUUAAAGCAGGAUCUGCUCUCAACAGAAUGAAAGAAUUAAUGGCUUAA